UCCAAAUCUCAGUUUCAGAAUUCACAGCAUUCAAACUACUAUUUACAUUAUCUUCUAGCUUUGCUUCUCUUUUAAGGUUUAGUCUGUCUUUGAAUUUAUUCCAUGGAAACCCCAACAAAGCUCUCAAGCUUUAGAAGCCAGCUGGCCUUUGAGGCCAAGCUUCACAGGGAUUCAUUUGGAUCUUCCAGAGUUUUUCCUUCCGAUAUUCAGAGGUCCAGCAGCAAAAGCAGCAGCCACUUCUGCGACCUUGAACCAGAAGAAGAAGAUGAUGAUGACCCUACUCUUGAAGAUGCCCCAGAAGAAACCUACGACGUGGAGAACCAGAAGCCUGUCAAUGUCAUGAUCGCACUUCCUAGCAAGCGUGAUCAAGUACAACCAUCAAAACCUGCACGAAAGAAUAACGGAUCGAGACUGUCCAUCAUACUGCUAGAUCAAGGGCUUUUCACUGUAUACAAGAGACUUUUCGUGCUUUCCUUGACCUUCAACAUAACUGGUCUGGUCCUUGCAGCAACAGGCCAUUUCUCAUACACGAGAAACAGGGCUGCUCUCUUCUCUAUUGGGAACAUACUCGCUUUAACUCUCUGCCGAAGUGAAGCUAUCUUUCGUGUAGUGUUUUGGGUUGCAGUGAAGCUCCUUGGGAGGCCAUGGAUUCCUCUUUUUCUCAAGACUGCUGCAACGGCUCUUCUACAAAGCGUUGGAGGCAUACACAGUGGUUGUGGAGUUUCCUCAAUUGCUUGGCUUGUAUACGCUUUGGUUCUCACUCUCAAAGAUAGAGACAACACUUCACCGGAGAUCAUUGCCGUCGCCUCCGCCAUUCUCGGCCUUCUCUGUCUCUCUUCUCUCGCGGCAUUCCCACUAGUGCGCCAUCUCCAUCACAAUGUGUUCGAAAGAACUCACCGUUUUGCUGGAUGGAUUUCUCUCCUCCUCCUCUGGGCAUUCAUCAUGCUCAAAAUCUCCUAUGACCCGAAAUCCAAAUCCUACACAGGCAACCUCGGGACUAGGCUGAUGAAAACACAAGAGUUCUGGUUCACUAUUGCCAUCACAAUCAUUAUAAUCAUCCCAUGGCUGACAGUACGGCGUGUCCGCGUCAACUUUUCGACCGCUUCUGGCCACGCCUCGAUCAUCAAAUUCGAAGGAGGGAUCAAAGCUGGAAUCCUCGGAAGAAUCAGCCCUUCACCACUGUCAGAGUGGCAUGCCUUUGGAAUAAUCUCAGACGGAAGGAAAGACCACAUGAUGCUUGCUGGUGCGGUUGGAGACUUCACAAGAUCUCUGGUCUCAAACCCACCAAGCCACCUUUGGGUUCGCCAAGUUCACUUCGCAGGCCUGCCGUAUCUGGUAAACAUGUACGAGAGGGUGUUGUUGGUGGCGACUGGUUCAGGAAUUUGCGUGUUCCUGUCGUUUCUGUUGCAGCCAUGUAGAGCAGAAGUAAACUUGCUCUGGGUGGCGAAAGGGAUUGAAGAGAACUUCGGGAAGGAGAUAAAGGGAAUGAUGAAUGGGCAUCCGAAAGAGAAGGUAAUAGUUCAUGACACUGCUGUGUUCGGGAGGCCAAAUGUGUCUGAACUCAGUGUGAGUACAGCGAAGAGAUGCAAUGCUCAAGUGGUCAUUGUCACGAGCAAUCCUGAAGGAAGCAGAGAUGUUGUGAAUGCUUGCAAGAAAGCUGGAAUUGCAGCAUUUGGCCCAAUAUGGGAUUCUUGAUUUUUGCAAGAAGAAAUUUAGAGACUUAAAACGAAAUUUAUAACAAAACUUAGCAUGCGUAAUUGUCCUAUUAAAAUACAAAAAAUAUCCAUUUUCAUAUGUUAAUGUAGAGAGAUGAAAAGUUAAAUUAAAAGUGGGAUUGUAAAAAAGAGUUAGAGCAAAGUGAUAUGAUGUAAUUUAUUUCUUUUUUUUUUUUGAUAAGAUGAUAUUAUGUAAAUUAGUAUAUCAUGCAUCUUACUAUUAGAAAAUGGGCUUAGCCUAAUAAUAAA